AUGGCUAUGGCCAAUAUAGCCGGCUCCGCGGCCACCGUCAGAGUCUCUGGGCCCCCCAACAGCAGCUUUCUUGUUGGGUAUCCUGGCAUCUCGGCGACCUUGCCGCGCAUCGAAGGGAAAGUCGAGAUCCGGCCUGGUGUCGGCUUUUCCAUGCCAGUCCCCGUUUCAUUAGUUCGAAUAUGUCUACAACGCCGCGAAACCAUCCACCCCGACGCCGACAACCUAGCCAAGCGUCACCUUGGCGCGCCGAGGAGAGAGGCCGCAGAUGUGGUGGGGAAGGAGGUGCUGCUCUUCCGAUGCGCCUCGGGCAAGGAGGCUGAGAGCGUCAUUGCGAUGGACCUCCCCUUCGUAUUAUUUAUUCCCUUCGGGCGGGGCGGCGAGGAGACCAACCGCCGGAUCCCACCAGCUUCGCUUCAACUCCCAAACCGAAUCGCCGAGACCUACUACGAGCUGGUGGUAACUGUCCAGCAAGGCCACAGUAAUCAGUACAAAUACACCUUCCCCAUGCCCCUCCAACGAUACGACACCCUCUCCACAUUUGGCAUGUACAAUAAACCCGAGACGAAGCUGAUAACGGCCGACAACAUCGUCCAUCUUGGUAUUAAUCUUCCAAAAUGGAGUUACGGGCCGAAUGAUCCCAUUACUGUAUACAUUAAAGUGUCCCCGAAUCCAGACUGGUUAAGUAAGGCGAAGCGGGUCACCAUCGAUUCAAUCACUCUGUUGAUUGAAGAGGAGAUAACCUACAACCCCGAGGGCGACGAGCCGACGAAGAAGGUCAACAAGAUAUCGAAACAAGUCCAAAAGGUCAAGACCAAGCUCCCAGAAGCUGGGUAUGCGACGAACAUGGGGCUUUGCUUCCCCUCCAAAGAUCUCCGAGACCCGGACGGCAUCGUCAAGCGAGGGAAGUCCGCUUUCCCCAUGUAUGAAGUGACGUCUUUCACUACAACGUCGACGUUGUACAAAAUUGAAUUUUACAUAAAUAUUAAGGUCCAGCUCAGUGGUGCCCGCGACGUAAGCUUGCGACAGCCUAUUGUAAUAUGUCCACUCGACAAGCAGGGCUGCAAGGAAGAGAUGGACGCAAUUGAGCAAUCCGCCAAGGAUGCGUCUCACGUUGACCCCAACAACCCAAUGCUUCCCGCACAUUCUAUCAUUCUAGCUAGCGAUCGUGACUCAUUACGAGCGCUGGGGUUGUGUAUGGUUGGAGGUCAGAAAAAGCCGCUUAUUGAGUGA